UGGGUUUUUCUGGCCCACGUUGAACCCCUUACUUUUCCUUUCGGCUUGUCUUGUUUCUCAAGUUGGCUCUUAUACCAUCAGACCAGAAACACUCAAGAAUCAACCAGUUCCACCAUAUACACACAGAGAUCUGUAUCUAUCUAUACUCGACCGAGAGAGAGAAGAGAGAGAGAGAGAGAUGGAGUGCGUGUUCGGACUGGUAGGCAAGGGUUUCGCUCUGGUGGUCGCCGACUCAUCGGCCGUCCACAGCAUCUUGGUCCACAAAUCCAAUGAAGACAAGAUCAUGAUCCUCGACUCCCACAAGCUCAUGGGCGCCAGCGGCGAGGCCGGCGACAGAGCUCAGUUUACGGAGUAUAUUCAGAAGAACGUGGCGCUGUACCAAUUCCGCAAUGGUAUUCCGCUGACGACCGCAGCCGCCGCGAAUUUCACCCGAGGCGAGCUCGCCACCGCCUUGCGCAAGAGUCCAUACAUGGUGAAUAUCAUUCUGGCUGGCUACGACAAGGAGACAGGCCCCUCCCUCUACUUCAUUGACUAUAUUGCUUCCAUGCACAAGGUUGACAAGGCAGCGUUUGGCUAUGGCUCCUAUUUCUCGCUUGCCAUGAUGGACAGACACUACCACAGCAACAUGACGGUCGAAGAAGCCAUCGAUCUGGUUGACAAGUGCAUAAUCGAGAUUAGGUCGAGAUUGGUCGUGGCCCCUCCCAAUUUCGUAAUCAAGAUUGUCGACGACAAAGGAGCUAGGGAGUACGCUUGGCGCGAAUCUAUCAAGGAUGCUCACAUUUCUGCAGCAUGAUCUAUCUGUUAUUGUGUUUGCAAAACUAGCCCUUUCGGCCUUUUAAGCUUUGAUGGAUUGACAUGUAAAACUUGCUGUUUUUCGGACCUUUUUCCAGAUAUUUGAAGCGCUCUAGUUUAAUUUUGUGAUAUUUUAAGAGCAUAUUACUUUGGUGGAAACUAUGUGCUGCGUAAUUGGUUGGUACAGGAAUUCCUUUCCAGAUA